AAAAAAAGGCUUCAAAAAUAAAGCUACUCUCACCUUCUCCUCCUCUCUUUGCUAUAUGGCAAUCCCCAGCAUCUAAACAAUGCUCUCUACGAGGCCAUGCCUCUCCUCCUUCCCCGCCCCCUCUCCUCUCCUCUCUCCUCACUUCUCCUCCUCCUCUUCUUUCUUCUCCCUCUCGAGUAUCAGGCCGCGCCGCAUCCCUUCCUUUCGGCCCCUCUCCUCGCUCAAGGAGUCCAAGAAGGUCGCGCUCCGGAAGGCCACCAAUGUCCCCCAGAACCUCAGAUUCGAUAACCGGAAGGGGAGGGACGACGGAAGCCUCUCGGAUGAUGGCGAGGGGGAGGUUGGCGGCGACGCCGCCCUGAAGGGGACCGUCCUCGCCGGGCUUCUCUUGGUUGGAGUCGUCGGGGGGUUCGGGACCGUGGGAUACCUGUACAGAGAUCAGAUUAAUGCUUUCCUUACUCAGUUCUCCGGUUUCAUCGAUGGUUAUGGGCCUGCUGGAUAUGCUUUAUUUGUUCUUGUUUAUGCUGGACUCGAGAUUUUGGCAAUUCCAGCAAUCCCCUUAACCAUGUCAUCUGGACUUCUAUUUGGGAGCUUGACUGGCACCAUCAUUGUCUCAAUCAGUGGGACGGUUGCUGCUGCUGUAGCCUUUCUUAUUGCUAGGUAUUUUGCACGGGAGCGCAUUCUUAAAUUGGUCGAAGGAAAUAAGAAGUUUUUGGCGAUUGAUAAGGCAAUUGGAGAAAAUGGUUUUAGAGUUGUUACACUCCUUCGUUUGAGUCCUUUACUUCCAUUUUCUCUAGGGAACUAUUUAUAUGGCUUGACAUCGGUGAAAUUUGUUCCUUAUGUGCUGGGAAGUUGGUUAGGAAUGCUACCAGGGACUUGGGCUUAUGUUAGUGCUGGUGCAUUUGGGCGAGCCAUAAUUCAAGAGGAGUCAGAUGUGGGGUUGUUAGGGGGAAAUGGUCAAUUACUGACUCUUGGCAUAGGGCUGUUAUUUACAGCCCUUGCCGCAGCUUAUGUUACUCGUCUUGCAAAGGAUGCUGUAAAAGAUAUCGAAUAGGAUAACCAUUUAUUGGGCCCAAACACGCGGUAAAUGGCAGCCCCCUGAUACAGAAUGUAAUUUAUAUACUUUUAACACCUACAUAGUGGCAUCUUUUAGAUGCAACUAAAAUUCCAAAACAAUGCAAUAAUUUUGAAAAGGCAGAAUAUGCAGGUAAUGAUUUUGCAUGCAGGUCGAUUAUGCAACUUGUUUUUUUCAUUUUCAAAAACUGCCCAAUAUAUUCAGAACUUAUCUGUGGAUCAAAUAGUCAAGAGCCAUUGAUAUGUCAACCAGAUCUGCAGAUAGCAACAAAACUGUUCACUGAUUUGCUAUCUGAGCUACAGAUAGAGCGCAUACUCUUCGGAUGGUUUUGGCACUAUCUUCACGCGUGCUGCUUUCUUCUUCCUCCUCCUUGUUCCAUGGUAGACAUAUGCCCAGCGUGCCAGAAUCUCUACCAUCUCUAUAUUAACUCAAGUUGUUUGCAACUUCCUCUUCCUUUUUAGUGCUGGUUUUCAUCU